AUGCCCGGAUCCACGUCUAAGGUCAUCAAUGGUGGAGUUGACGAGCAGACGUUCUCAGAAUCCUUUGAUGAGGUACAGGAUUGGAUGGCAUUUGCCUCGAGAUUUGGCGCGUGGCACAAAUUGGGCCACACGAGGCGAUUUUACAAGGCUGCGGCGCAACUGCACAAGCACAUAGACUACUUUGUCAAUCUGGCUCUUCAACAAAAGGCAGAAGACGACGAGGAUGAAAACCAUGGCUUCAACAUUUUGAAAGGAUUGGCCAAGGUCGAGAAAGAUCCUAUCGAGCUCCGUGGCCAAUUGCUUUCCAUUCUGGUUGCCGGCCGUGACUCGACCGCAUCACUGUUGGGCUGGUUCUUCAUCAUGAUGUGCAAAAACACAGACCUCUAUGAUAAGCUACGCGAGAUCGUCAUCCGCGACUUUGGCGACUGGGAGACGUGCGAUUCUACUGAUAUCACCUUUUCCUCCCUCAAGUCGUGCACAUUCCUUCAGAUGUGCAUAUCUGAAACUUUGCGGCUGUUUCCCCUUGUUCCCAUCAAUGGUCGCACUGCGAUCGUCAAAGACACGACUCUACCCACGGGUGGAGGACCUGACGGAACUGCACCAGUGUUCGUCCCGAAAGGCAUGGAGAUCCAAUAUUGUGUUCAUGCCAUGCACCACCGUAAAGACCUCUGGGGGGAAGACGCGGAAGAAUUCAGGCCAGAGAGGUUCAAAGAAGCCAGACCUGGAUGGGAAUAUCUGCCCUUCAAUGGUAAGUAA